UCAGGACUGUGCGACUCCACGCUUGCGCUCUGCGGAUCUAACGCUGAUGCAAGAACAUUUCUCGGCGCAGCAUUGUGGAGACUGAUCGAGGGACACAAAGUAGCCUGAUUUCAGUCACUAAUCAGCCCGCAAACAUGUCCGGAGACGAGAUGAUUUUCGAUCCCAACAUGACCAAAAAGAAGAAGAAGAAGAAGAAGCCCUUCAUGCUCGAUGAGGAAGGACAAGAGGGGGGCGGAGGAGAAGAGACUAAAGAAGUGGAGGCGAAGGAGUUAGAACCAGAGAUUGGAGACGAGAAGGAGCUGGAACUGGAUGAAGAUGAAGUCAGGAAGAAAGAGCCGUCCGAUGAUUUGAACGACUUGAACUUCUUCAACCAGAAGAAAAAGAAGAAGAAAUCCAAGAAAUUUGAUAAUGAGGUCGAGGAGGGAAUAAAGGAGCUGAAAAUUGAAGGCGAGCAGACGGAGGUGGUGGAGGAGGACAACCUGGACCUGAUGCUUCCCACCAAAAAGAAGAAGGCAAAGAAAGUGGACUUCGAUGAGGGAGAGCUACUGGAGAAGGAUGACGCUUUGGAGGACGAUGAGGGGAAGAACAAUGAUGGGAUCUCAUUCAGCUCCCUCACAGGACCGACCUGGGCCGGCACUGAAAGAGACUACACUUAUGAUGAGCUACUGUACCGAGUCUUCAACAUCAUGAGAGAGAAGAACCCGGACAUGGUGGCCGGAGAGAAGAGGAAGUUUGUGAUGAAGCCUCCUCAGGUGGUCCGAGUGGGAACUAAGAAAACCUCCUUCGUAAACUUCACAGACAUCUGCAAACUGUUGCAUCGUCAGCCUAAACAUCUCCUCGCUUUCCUGUUGGCUGAGUUGGGAACUAGUGGUUCCAUAGACGGAAAUAACCAGCUUGUGAUCAAAGGCAGAUUUCAACAGAAACAGAUAGAAAAUGUGUUGAGAAGAUAUAUCAAGGAAUAUGUGACGUGUCACACCUGCCGCUCCCCAGAGACCAUCCUGCAGAAGGACACUCGCCUCUAUUUCCUGCAGUGUGAAACGUGCCACUCCCGCUGCUCCGUCGCCAGCAUCAAGACCGGUUUCCAGGCUGUGACGGGCAAGAGGGCACAGCUCCGCGCCAAAGCCAACUAAAAGACCACCGAAACUGGGCUCCCUCCCCUCCUCUCUCGGCCUCCCCUUUCCCCUCAGAGGGGCCGGAGCUGGGGUCGGACGCCCCCUUGAUUCGCUAAAAGGACUCUCUGAAUCGAACUGCGGGAGGGUUUGGCUAUUGUUAAGUUGUGUCGUGGCCUGACCGGGCAGGGAGUGAGAGAGUAUCUAAAGCUGACAGAUUGGGUUCAGGCAUCAUAAGCAGAUGAUGUGUACCAUAUACACAUGUUGGAUGCAUUUGAUUUGUUGUCUGGCUGAUGAAUCCUCCACCUCCUAGGUUGUUUUUUUUCUCAUUUGCUGUGAUUCUUGGUUCGUGCAAGAAAAUCCUGAUUUAACAUGACUUCCUUCUAAUUCUCUCCUCUCCCACUUUACAUACACCAAACAUGAACAUAAAACAUGAAUAUUUCUUUGGAUGAGGAACACAUGUCCUCAUGCAACCAGCCAAACUGUAGUUAAACUAAGUUGAUCUACAAAGACAGAGCUUAGUUUACUCCGUAGCCGUGUGGCUCAUAUGAUCACCUCUCUGUUCUUGAAUUCCACAUCACUUAAACUGAAGAUUGUGUUCCUGAUUCUGUUUCUGGUCUGGCCCUAAAUCACAAAACUGCCAGUCCAGAAUGUUCUGCUCUAGCUUAUCAAAGAUAGAAAUCAGAAUCACCGGGCUGGAAUGCAUACAGUAACUAGUCUGUGACAGGCUCCGAACACAGACCUCGUUUUAAUCAUCUUGUAGAAGGAGACGACCAUAAAGUCAAACAACAAGGGGUUGAUAGACGUCAAUCGAGAGGUUGUUUGUGAGGCAGACAUAGAAAUGAUUCAGUGUGUUUGUGAGUGAUUUUGUGGCAUUGAUGAGCAAUUGUGUACUUCAUUAUUUCCUCCUUCUGAAGUUAAGAUCAACACAUUUUAUCAAUCGGUGGAGAUUUGAUGUGAAAAUGAAUUUUGUCAAGAAGAGCAGGUUUCUUUUGCUCAUGCCGGUCCCCUAACACAAACACCCAAACGCUCCCCCGUUAAUAACAGCUUCUGAGCAGGAAACUCAGAUCAGUCUCCUCUAACAGGUCUUCAUUUUCAAGAAAUUUACACCUCAAGCUAGCCAGAAUAUGUAGAGUUUCAUUCCAAUGCCACUGGAUACUACACAAUAUACAUGAUAUUGGUUCUGUUCUUGUUUGAGAAGAAUGUGGAUAAGAAGGACUGGCUGGAAUAAUUUUAAAACCUGGUUUUUACAAAAAUAAAAUAUUCUACUCUCUCUCUCCA